AUGUCACUCAGAUCAUUCCCUAUUUUUUUCGAUAUUAAAGAUCUUGGUCCAUUAACCUACUUUCUUGGAUUAGAAGUUACUAGGGAUGAUGAUGCUAUCUUUCUCUCCCAACGCAAAUACGUCCUUGAUCUUUUGAGUGAAACAGGGAAACUUGGUGCUAAAGCGGUUCGUACACCUAUUGAAGAACACUUCAAGGAUCAAUGCGAGGGGGAAUUACUACAGAAUCCAGAGCAAUAUCGUCGCGUUGUCGGUAAGCUCAUCUAUCUUACGAUUACACGACCUGAUUUGAGUUUUGCUGUGCAUCAGGUUAGUCAAUGGAUGCACGCCCCAACUACAACACAUUGGCAAAUGAUAGAUCGCAUACUCAAGUACUUGAAGGGCACCCCAAACAAAGGCUUAUGGAUGAGAAACAAUCAGCAUACGAAGGUCAUUGGAUACUGCGAUGCAGAUUGGGCAGGAGAUAGGACGGACCGAAAAUCAACCACCGGAUAUUGCACAUUCGUUGGAGGGAACCUGGUCACUUGGAAGAGCAAAAAGCAGACCGUUGUGGCGAGAUCAAGCGCAGAAGCAGAAUAUAGAGCUAUGGCAAACACAACAAGUGAACUCGUAUGGCUCAAACAACUCUUGGAGGAUCUCGGGUUUGCUUCAACCAAACCUAUACCACUUCACUGUGACAAUCAGGCAGCUUUACACAUUGCAGCCAACUCCGUAUUUCAUGAGAGGACAAAGCAUAUCGAAGUAGAUUGCCAUUUCAUUCGAGAGAAGAUCGCAAAUGGUAUCAUUUCUACAAUGUAUACAAGAAGUCAAGAUCAGCUUGCGGAUAUACUCACAAAGGCGACUAGUUCCGUUGCUCUCAACAAAACUCUCAACAAGAUUGGUCUUACCGAAUAUCGCCGACCAAUCUUGAGGGGGAAUGUUGAAGAACAAGGAGCAAUCAGCAAACACUCGGAUUCUAGCAGAAGGACUCAAGCAACUGAAGACUCAGAUUCAAAAGGAAGCUUUGGAGAAAACGAAGACUUGGUUACAAACAGAAGGUUCGAAGACUUGCAAGCAAGGAAAGACUUGGAUUCUAUUGGAGGCUUUGGAGAGAUACAAUCUGGCCGUUUGGGAGCAUAA